UUACCUGGACCGAUGAUGGCCAUGUGGCCGUGCACCUGGGUGCUGGUCAUUUGCUCGGUCCAAAGAAACGGCCGAAGGGGCAUUUUCUUAUGUUGGAUGAGUCAACAAGCACAGGCCACACCAACAGCCGACGUGCCAUAUAUGCCGCCCCUUGCCCCUUCCCCUAUUAAUAGGAGAAUUCCGUGCUGUCUCUCACAGUUUUGCAGAUUUCAGCAGACGGCCAUAGCUUUGACCAUCCCCUUCUUCCUUCAACAUUUGACGGCCGGCAAGCUCUUGUCCUCAGUGCAGCCAAGGCAGGCGGCCAUGGACGGCGACAGCCCGGUGAUGACGGACAGCGAGCGGAGGGCGUACCGGUACGUGCAGGCGCCCAAGGUGCAGGGCCUGGGCGGCAUCAAGAACUCAUGGUCCAACGACUCCCUCUUCAGCCUCAGCUACGCCGGCGCGGGGGGCAGGGCCGUCGUCCACUCGUGCGUCUGCGCGCCCACCACGCACCCGGGCUCCUUCCGCUGCAAGCACCACCGCCAGAGCGCCGCCCACCUCGGCGUCGCCGGUCACGCGCAAGCGCAGCCCACGGCUGAGGCUAAGCGCAACGAGGUCCACGGAGAAAUGUCGACCGCGGAUGACGAGAAGGCGUCCUGAAGGGGACCGCGUGCGUGUGUUUCUUCAUGGGACAAAACGUACCGUGCUGCUUGGUCACACGUGACCGGUGUAGUACGUGGCAAAGCUUAUUCCUCUGUCAUUUCAAAGACUUUUUUCGUGUGUAAGGAUGUUUAUUUGUUUUCUAUAUUUGUGAGAGAAGAGCGUUUCAUUUUCCCAGUAGUUAUGUAGGAGUAAUAUAUUGUUGUAUAUCACCCGCAAUUUUCUUUGGCCCAAAAACAUCAUUUGCUACAAA